CGUAGGAGGAGGGACCGCAGACGGACUGAUCCCACGUGUGACGGAGCGCCGUCUUCCGAAGCCCGGCUCCAUCCUCCGACCCUCCGUCCGCGAGUGUCCGUCAGUCAGCGCUUGCAGCCCGGGCAGACAUGGAGGGAGACCGGGGCCAGUCUUCGCCUGGAAGCCCGAGCGAUCCGCACCAAGACCCGGGGAAAAUGUUCAUUGGUGGGCUCAGCUGGCAAACUUCACCAGACAGCCUUCGAGAUUAUUUCAGUAAAUUUGGUGAAAUCAGAGAAUGUAUGGUGAUGAGAGACCCGACCACUAAACGCUCCAGGGGUUUUGGCUUCGUCUCGUUUUCAGACGUCACCAGCGUAGAUAAAGUGUUAGCACAGAGGCAGCACCACUUAGACUCUAAAGUGAUCGAUCCUAAAGUUGCCUUCCCCAGACGAGCUCAGCCAAAGAUGGUGACGAGAACAAAGAAGAUGUUUGUUGGGGGACUAUCUUCAAGCACAGUGAUAGAGGAUGUGAAGGUGUACUUUGAACAGUUUGGAAAGGUAGAAGACGCCAUGCUGAUGUUUGACAAAACCACCAACAGACACAGAGGUUUCGGUUUUGUGACAUUUGAAAUCGAGGACGUGGUGGAGAAAGUCUGUGAGAUCCAUUUUCAUGAGAUCAAUAAUAAAAUGGUAGAAUGUAAAAAAGCUCAGCCUAAAGAAGUGAUGUUUCCUACGGGGGUACGAGGACGAGCCUGUGGUCUACCCUACACCGUGGACGCCUUCAUGCUUGGCAUGGGCAUGCUCACUUAUCCAAAUAUUGUAACGACUUAUGGCAGAGGAUACACCGGCUUUCCUCCGAGCUACAGCUACGAGAUCCCUGGUUUCCCAGCGGUGGCGUACAGCCCGGUGGCUGCAGGGGCGAUAGCAGCAGCUCGUGGCUCAGGGUUCCCUGAUUACAGUCUGUAUUCUGGUAACGUGCGAGGAGGAGUGUCCCACUCGGUUGCAGACUACGGCUCCAUGGGGGCCCAGGCCAACCCUCAGAUCCUCCCGAGUGAGCAUGCCAGCUCGGCCUGCACCUCCCCCUCCUCCCUCCAGCAACACCUGCACAGCCCCAACCCCUUUAAGAGCCCAGGAACCAACCCGGCCCAGCCUGGCGUGUUUCCAGCUCCCAGUAGUCCUGGUCCCGUAUCAGACCUUUAUGGAAGUAGCCGUCAGGACUCUGCGGUGGGAAACUUCAUCAGCACCAGCAGUCCUCAGCCCGCCUCAGCCUUCAGCCACAGUAUAGCUGGUCCUUUGAUCGCGACAGCUUUUACAAACGGAUAUCACUGAGAGGCUGCUGCGUCUCUUCAAAGGUGAAGCCGUCAAGCACUAACCACUACAGCGUCCACACAGAGCAGAGGAGGAACAAAAAUCAUCACAGAGAAAGUGAAAGUUAGGACAGCUCAGCAGUGUUAAAGUCUAACCUGCUGCUGUCUGUACGUCUGUCUGUUUGGAGAUCUGCUGGUCUGAUUUUAUUUAAAAAUUACUUUUGCCUUCUCUUGGAUUAUGCCUUAUUUGAUUUAAUUUAAAUCCCAUAAUGAAAAGAUAUUUUUAUAUUCUGUUUUGAUAAUUUCAUGUGUUUAGUUUCACCCUCACCUAGGAGCAUCAAUGACUGUGUCACUUCACCUUCGAGUGUCUGCUCAGACACUGGAUACUUGUCUUUUGUUUUUAAUCUUUGUUUGAUUUAAAUGUUUGUCAGUUUGCAACAAAAAGAGAUACAGAACCAGUGUGUCUCAGUGGAGACAAACCAACAACACAGUAGCUUUGGUUUUUAGCAUCAUGCUCACUAAAUGUACCUGUUUUGGCAAUAAGAGGACAACAAUAUUUUCUCUGUCCUGUUUUUAUAAAUAUUUUACUUCAGAUGGGGACAGACAUGUUUCUGUGAUCAUCAGAAAUAAGGACACAUAAGGCCGGUGUAGCAGACAGCAAUUGUCACAUGACUGAUCAAUGCAAUCAACAUCCUCUCUUUUUCAACUGUAGCUGAUUUAAAACCAGCAUAUUUGUCUACCUGAUGAGCGACAGUGUGCAGAAUUAGAAUCAGAAAACACAGAAAAUUGUAGCCCUUUUUCACAUGCAAAGCUCUCCGGGGGGUUAAGGGUAACCCAGGGGUGUCGCCAGGAUUUUUAGACCCCUCCACCACAGCCUCAUUAAUCCCUGAGAUAUUACUAUAACUACAACUCCAUUACACAAAGAACCCAUUGAAAGAAUUAAACCAUAGUCGUCAACAUUUAACUUUUUAAUUCCACACAUUUUGAAAGAAGACAAUCCCUUUAUUUUAACAAUCCACACUAUAGAGCGCCACAGGAAUGAGUCCUAAAACCAGGAAGUAAGUUAGCAUUUGAGCGCCAUGGGGUCUA